AUGGAUAUUCACUGCAAAGCAGACCCCUUUACAGCGAUGCACCUAUCCCACGUAGGGCACGGAGGUGUGAACCAGCUCGGCGGGGUGUUUGUGAACGGCAGACCCCUUCCGGACGUGGUGAGGCAGCGGAUCGUGGAGCUGGCCCACCAGGGCGUCCGGCCCUGCGACAUCUCCAGGCAGCUGCGGGUCAGCCACGGCUGCGUCAGUAAGAUCCUGGGCAGAUACUACGAGACUGGCAGCAUUAAACCAGGGGUGAUUGGUGGGUCUAAACCUAAAGUGGCCACGCCAAAGGUCGUGGACAAAAUCGCAGACUACAAGAGGCAAAACCCAACCAUGUUUGCCUGGGAGAUCCGAGACAGGCUGCUGGCAGAGGGCGUCUGCGACAACGACACUGUUCCCAGCGUCUCAUCCAUUAACAGGAUCAUCCGAACAAAAGUCCAGCAGCCUUUCCAUCCAUCUCCAGAUGGGACAUCCCUGUCAGCACCAGGCCAUACUAUAGUACCAAGCACAGCCUCUCCGCCUGUAACCAGCGCCUCCAAUGACCCUGCAGGAUCAUACUCCAUCAAUGGGAUUCUGGGUAUUCCACGAUCCAAUGGUGAAAAGAGGAAACGAGAUGAAGAUGGUUCAGAUGGUUCUGGCCCAAACAGUGAUUCUCAGGGUAGUGUGGAGAGUUUACGGAAACACCUUAGGGCAGAUGCCUUCACUCAGCAGCAGCUGGAAGCAUUGGACCGGGUCUUUGAACGCCCCUCUUACCCUGACGUCUUCCCUACAUCGGAGCAUAUCAAACCUGAACAGGCUAAUGAGUACUCGCUCCCUGCCCUGAAUUCCAGCCUGGACGAAGUCAAGCCCAGUUUAUCUUCUAGCGCCAACCCAGACCUGGGCCCCAGUGUGUCACAAAGCUACCCUGUAGGUCGAGAUAUGGCCAACACAACCUUACCUGGGUAUCCCCCUCAUGUACCCCCCACAGGCCAGGGCAGCUACCCCACCUCCACUCUGGCUGGAAUGGUUCCUGGGAGUGAGUUUUCGGGGAACCCCUACAGUCAUCCGCAGUACACAACCUACAAUGAAGCCUGGCGAUUCAGCAACCCAGCAUUACUAAUGCCGCAUCGAGAGGCUCCGCCCCUCCCACUGCUGCCACUGCCUAUGACCGUCACUAGUUACCAUGGAAACCAAAUCAACCUGCAGGACCAUGGCCUUAGCCUCCAUAUUGCCCGGUGUGAACGGCAUGGUCCACUGGACACUGAGCAACUGCGCAUAAAAUGUUCCCGGCUCACACAAUGACAAACUUAACAGUUUUUGGGACUCCAGACUUCUUCUCUCCUCUCUCCUCGCAGCUUUUUUGGACACUCAAAGCCAAAAAAAAAAAAAAAAAAGAUCUACAAGACAUCACCAGAGACACUGAAAGUUGCU